AUGAACAGUUCAAAAUCAGCAGGGCUGGCUGGAUUUGGAGUCUUGAAAAACACAACGUGCCACACAGAGAAAAAGAUUUCAGUUUUCUUUUCAAUAAUCUUCAUGACGGCGGGAAUUCUGUCCAACAGUCUUGCAAUAGUGAUUCUCAUGAAGGCAUACCAGAGAUUCAGACAGAAAUCAAAAGCCUCCUUUUUGCUUCUUGCCAGUGGUUUGGUUGUCACAGAUCUCUUCGGUCACCUCAUCAAUGGAGCCAUUGCAGUGUUUGUGUAUGCAUCAGAUAAAGACUGGAUUAGAUUUAAUCAGUCCAACAUUCUGUGCAGUGUUUUUGGCAUCUGCAUGGUUUUCUUUGGUUUGUGCCCACUCUUCCUGGGCAGUGUGAUGGCUGUUGAACGGUGCAUUGGAGUCACUAAGCCAAUAUUUCACUCUACAAAAAUGACUUCUAGACAUGUGAAAAUGAUGUUGACUAUGGUAUGUCUGUUUGCUGUUCUUAUAGCUUUGCUGCCUAUUCUUAGGUUUAGAGCCUACCAAAUUCAAGCAUCGAGGACCUGGUGCUUCUAUAAAACAGAACAUGUUGAGGACUGGGAAGACAGAUUUUAUCUCUUACUUUUUUCUUGCCUUGGGUUCCUGGCCCUUGCUAUUUCAUUCCUGUGCAAUGCUGUCACAGGAAUUACCCUCUUAAGAGUCAAAUUUAAAAGUCAACAAAGACAAGGCAGAUCUCAUCAUUUUGAAAUGAUCAUUCAGCUCUUGGCUAUAAUGUGUGUUUCUUGCAUUUGCUGGAGCCCAUUCCUGGUGACAAUGGCCAGGAUUGGGAUUAAUGAAGGUCGCUCAAAGGAGACCUGUGAAACGAUACUUUUUGCUCUCCGAAUGGCCACGUGGAAUCAGAUUUUAGACCCCUGGGUGUACAUUCUGCUCCGCAAGGCUGUUCUUAAAAACCUGUACAAGAUCACAAGUGGAUGCUGUGGCGUGCAUGUCAUAAACUUACACAUGUGGGAACUCAGCUCCAUCAAGAAUUCUCUGAAGGUUGCAGCAAUAUCAGAGUCACCAGGAAGUUCCAAACAGAUAAACCUCCAGCCUCUCAGCUCUGUGGGACAAUAA